AGGGAUGAGGUGAUCAAUAGCCCAUUACUGGGUAGAACCCAGGCUACAGGAAGUGCAUUGAAGACUCCAAUGCAUGAAUUAUGCAUGCCCUGCUCAUUCUUUAGUCCCUGAACAGAAUGACAGGGUUUGUGAAGUCGCCUCAGAUAGUUUCUUGCAUGAAGCGACUGCAGUGAAAUGCUUAAUAUUUUCAGGCACAGAAGCAGCAUUGACUCCAGCCAGACAGGUUCGGGAAUGUAAAUCCGCAGCUCAUAGCCCAGAAUGCUGUAUUUGAAAGUAUUGCUAUGUAGAGAUCUAGCUUUGCAGUCUUGUAACCUGUUCUUUGCAGAAGGUUGGCUGAAGGAAGGGAGCGGCUGUGCCUGCCUCUGAGGUCACAGCUUGAGGUCCUUUUAACUUGCCUUCUGCUGCAGAAGAGAAGCCGAUUGUGUCAUAACUCUCCCUGAGACAUUCAAAGGGACAAUUUGAAGCAGGUAUUAUACCAAGAUCGGCAGAUGAUUCAACACACACGGUCUUUCAUAGUACUCAACUGCCAUAAAGCUUUCAUUACUUUUGGAAACUGACCCAUCUAUUCAACAAAAGAUGAAAAUGUCAUUGCUGGUCAGUCAUCUCCUGCUAAUCUCCUUAACAUCCUGUCUAGGAGAAUUUACAUGGCACAGAAGAUAUGGUCAUGGAGUCUCUGAGGAGGACAAAGGAUUUGGACCCAUUUUUGAAGAGCAACCAAUCAAUACCAUUUACCCAGAAGAGUCACUGGAAGGAAAAGUAUCACUCAACUGCCGGGCACGAGCCAGCCCAUUUCCAGUUUACAAAUGGAGAAUGAAUAAUGGGGAUGUUGACCUGACGAACGAUCGGUACACUAUGGUCGGAGGAAACCUUGUUAUCAACAACCCCGACAAACAGAAAGAUGCUGGGCUGUACUACUGCUUGGCGUCCAACAACUAUGGAAUGGUCAGGAGCACUGAGGCAACCCUGAGCUUUGGGUAUCUUGACCCCUUUCCUCCUGAGGAGCGUCCAGAAGUGAAGGUGAAGGAAGGGAAGGGCAUGGUGCUUCUCUGCGACCCUCCCUACCACUUCCCAGAUGAUCUGAGCUAUCGCUGGCUUCUGAAUGAAUUUCCUGUAUUUAUCACAAUGGAUAAACGAAGAUUUGUGUCUCAGACCAAUGGCAAUCUCUACAUCGCAAAUGUUGAGGCUUCUGAUAGGGGCAACUACUCCUGCUUUGUGUCCAGUCCUUCUAUUACAAAAAGUGUCUUCAGCAAGUUUAUACCCCUCAUCCCAAUACCUGAACGAACAACAAAGCCAUAUCCUGCUGAUAUUGUCGUGCAGUUCAAGGACAUAUAUACCAUGAUGGGCCAAAAUGUGACUUUAGAGUGUUUCGCUCUUGGCAACCCUGUUCCUGAUAUUCGGUGGCGGAAGGUGCUAGAACCAAUGCCUAGCACUGCUGAGAUAAGCACCUCAGGGGCUGUCCUCAAGAUCUUCAACAUCCAGCUAGAAGAUGAAGGCCUCUACGAGUGUGAGGCUGAGAACAUUAGGGGAAAGGACAAGCACCAGGCAAGAAUUUAUGUUCAAGCAUUUCCUGAAUGGGUAGAACAUAUCAAUGACACAGAGGUGGACAUAGGCAGUGAUCUCUACUGGCCUUGCAUUGCCACAGGGAAGCCCAUUCCUACCAUCAGGUGGCUGAAAAAUGGAUACGCGUAUCACAAAGGGGAACUGAGACUGUAUGAUGUGACUUUUGAAAAUGCUGGGAUGUACCAGUGCAUAGCAGAAAAUGCAUACGGGUCCAUUUAUGCAAAUGCCGAGCUCAAGAUCCUGGCUUUAGCUCCAACUUUUGAAAUGAAUCCUAUGAAGAAAAAGAUCCUGGCUGCGAAAGGAGGAAGAGUUAUCAUUGAGUGUAAGCCCAAGGCUGCACCCAAACCCAAGUUCUCAUGGAGCAAAGGGACAGAGUGGCUUGUCAACAGCAGCAGAAUACUCAUAUGGGAAGAUGGUAGCUUGGAAAUCAAUAAUAUUACAAGAAAUGAUGGAGGAAUCUAUACGUGCUUUGCAGAAAACAACAGAGGGAAAGCUAAUAGCACGGGGACUCUGGUGAUCACAAAUCCCACACGAAUCAUUUUGGCCCCAAUCAAUGCUGAUAUUACUGUUGGAGAAAAUGCUACCAUGCAGUGUGCUGCCUCUUUUGAUCCUGCCUUGGAUCUCACAUUUGUUUGGUCCUUCAAUGGCUACGUGAUUGAUUUUAACAAAGAAAUUACAAAUAUUCAUUACCAGAGGAAUUUUAUGCUCGACGCCAAUGGGGAACUGCUCAUCAGAAAUGCACAGCUGAAACACGCAGGCCGGUACACGUGCACAGCGCAGACAAUCGUGGACAAUUCUUCAGCUUCAGCGGACCUUGUCGUACGAGGCCCCCCAGGCCCUCCAGGAGGCCUGAGAAUAGAAGACAUCAGAGCUACCUCUGUGGCACUGACUUGGAGCCGUGGUUCGGACAAUCAUAGCCCUAUCUCAAAAUACACUAUCCAGACUAAGACGAUUCUCUCAGAUGACUGGAAAGAUGCAAAGACAGAUCCCCCAAUCAUUGAAGGAAACAUGGAAUCAGCAAAAGCAGUGGAUUUGAUCCCAUGGAUGGAGUAUGAAUUUCGAGUGGUGGCGACCAAUACUUUAGGAACUGGGGAGCCAAGCAUACCCUCAAACAGGAUCAAAACAGACGGUGCUGCACCAAAUGUGGCUCCCUCAGAUGUAGGCGGUGGGGGCGGAACCAACAGAGAGCUGACAAUAACGUGGGCGCCUUUGUCGAGAGAGUACCAUUACGGUAACAAUUUUGGUUACAUAGUGGCAUUUAAGCCAUUUGACGGAGAAGAGUGGAAGAAAGUGACCGUUACUAACCCAGAUACUGGCCGAUAUGUCCACAAAGAUGAAACCAUGACCCCUUCCACCGCGUUUCAAGUCAAAGUGAAGGCAUUCAACAAUAAAGGAGAUGGGCCCUACAGCCUCAUAGCUGUUAUCAACUCUGCACAAGACGCUCCCAGUGAAGCCCCCACAGAAGUAGGGGUCAAAGUGUUAUCAUCCUCUGAGAUAUCUGUCCAUUGGAAGCAUGUGUUAGAGAAAAUUGUGGAAAGCUAUCAGAUUCGGUACUGGGCGGGACAUGAUAAAGAAGCAGCCGCACACAGAGUUCAAGUCACCAGCCAGGAGUACUCAGCCAGGCUGGAGAACCUUCUGCCCGACACCCAGUACUUCAUUGAGGUGGGAGCCUGUAAUAGUGCUGGGUGUGGACCUUCUAGUGAUGUGAUUGAGACCUACACCAGAAAAGCCCCUCCUAGCCAGCCGCCAAGGAUCAUCAGUUCUGUGAGGUCUGGCUCCCGAUACAUAAUCACGUGGGAUCAUGUUGUGGCACUAUCCAAUGAAUCUACGGUGACAGGAUACAAGAUACUCUAUAGACCUGAUGGGCAGCAUGAUGGCAAGCUGUUCUCAACUCAUAAACACUCUAUAGAAGUCCCAAUCCCCAGAGAUGGAGAGUAUGUUGUCGAAGUUCGAGCACACAGUGACGGAGGAGACGGAGUAGUGUCUCAAGUCAAAAUUUCAGGUGUGUCCACGCUGUCUUCGAGUCUCCUCAGCUUGCUCCUGCCCUCCCUUGGCUUUCUUGUCUACUUGGAAUUCUGAAUGUUGCGACAUUUGCUGUUCUCAUCCUUGCUCAGAGGAUGCUCUUCAUCGUGGGAUGACUGUAAUUCCUUCUAAUCCCUGCGGCUCGAUCCUAAGCCAAAUAAAUUAGACUCUAACAAGCUAUUCAACUGAUUUCCCAACACAUUAUGACUGAGGCAUUCAGGAACCCCUUCAUCCAAAAAGAAUAACUUUCAAAUGGAAAUAAAAUGAUUUUUAACUCGUUCCAAUAUGCCUUAUAAACCAUUUAACCUGAUUCUGUGAAAGUUGCAUGAUUAAUUCAAUGGACAAGUUACAGUGUUCAAUUCAAUACCAUAGUCUGUAGAGUGAAGGUAAGCUCACCAUACACAGGUGCUUUACACUUAAUGACAAGUUGUGAAAUAUAAUAGAGAUUGAAAUGUCGAUUGUAUGUGGUAUUUGUACAAGUAAUGCGUUCUCUUGUAUUAGCUUAUGUGUUUGGGGUCCUGCCUAUUUUUGAAGGACCCUUAUCAUUCAUUAUAUUUUGAGUUUUCCAUAAAAUUAAAACAAAAAUAGAACAAAAUCAUUUUGACACAAAUACCAUUAUCAAAUCACUUUAGUGAAUGAGUUGGAAGUUUUUUGACUAUGAAAACCAAAUUAUAGAACUUACUAUCAGUAUUCUUAUUUUUUAUGUAAUUUUCUACAUAUUUGCUUUUCAGAAUCUCUAGUACUCUUCAGUUAGUUUUAAUGCUGACAUUCUCAUGCCAGCAUUUUUUUUUUUUACUUUUGUAUUCUAAUCUGAAGUUGUUUUGUGUUUUUCUUCUCAUCAAUGUCAAACCACAGAAGCUGCAGCUCAUCUGGAACAUUGUCUAUUGCUGUGUUUAUUCAUGUGUAGAAUGACAGGUUUGGGAAAGUACAGUGCUUUCAUUUAUAUUGCAGUGUGAUCAUCUUUAUCCAGCUAGAAACAAGUGACAGUAAAGUAUCAAAAUCUCUGAAUGUUCUCAUUGUUCUGGUUUUGUGCUUCAUGCCUAAGUAUAAACUCUCUUUAUAGAAGGUGUAGAAUCAAGAAUUCAUAUGCAGGUUGGAAAAAGCUACAGAAUUCCAUUUCAAAAAAUUGAAAGCUCAUUUCCCAUUUCAAUGCAAUACUGAAAACUGGCUAAAAAUACCAAAUCAGAAUGUUGCUAGUGGUCCUAUAAAGAAUAUGCAAAGCUGGGAGGCAGGAGAGGCAGAUGGUGUCCUGUCCAGGGAUGUCUCCCAAGUGUUGGUGUGGAGGAAUUUGUGAGAUGUGAAAGGGAAACUUGUGUUUCCUCAUGACCAUGGUGUGCCCUGAGAUGUGUCUGAGUGUGGGUGUGGAAGAGCUUGGGUAAUAAAGAAUUAGCUGGCUCCUGAGAUAGUGCAAUGUUUGGUUCCUGAGAAGUCGAAUCCUAUUUUAUUAGCACAAUCUUGCUGGCUAAUUAGAGACAGAGUUUAUCUUUUUAGAAAAGAUACCCUAUAGGUCCAUAAAGAUAUUUACAGGAAGCAAAAAUAGAUCUAUUAAUAUGUUACCCCUAUCUUUAAUUUGUAUAAUUUUUGUACUAUAUGUGUAAAUGUUUAAAGUCCUCAUUAUGAAAAAUAUCAAUAAAUAUUUCAUUAAUUUACACUUAACACUUUGUUAUACAAAUGAAACUUUUUAAAUCAGUAAAACAGAUGCUCUCCCAGUAGAAGCAUGUCAACAAACCAUUGCCAGAUUUCAUAAAAUAUUUAAUGAUUUGAAAAAGAAGAAAAUGACUUCAUACUUUAGGGAGAUGAACACUCUGUAAGCUUUCUGUACAAAUGUUGUGUUUUCCUUGUUAUAUUUGGGGGUUUUCCUCUUGCGAUGUGACCCAUGUUGGGCAUUUUUGUAUCAUCAAUAACAACUACAUCUUUUGCCAAAUGCAUGCCUGCCUUUUCUUUUCUAAUAUGUGGUAAUCCAGACCAAAACUGGCUAGAUUUUGCAUGAAAACGGUUCUGAAAGAUAAGAAAACAGACUUUGAAGGUUGUUUUGUUUAAAUAUGUGGCAGAUAGACUCAACUCUCUCAUGCACAAAUGACUUCUGCUUUUCAUUUUCUCAUAUAAUUGUACAGAUGUGACUGGGACCAUCAGUUUUAAACUGUUGUCAAGCUAACCAAUGUAUCAUAUGCUUUAAGAUGCAAGAUUCUUAAUUAAACUUUAUAUAGCUAUAGACACAUCUGUUGUUUCUUUGUAUUUCAGGAAAUGUAAUAGUAGUUUUAUUUGAUACUGAUAAAUAACAAAUUGAUUUUUUAGUUAUUUUUUAUCAUUUUUUUCCAAUGGAGUAGUAUAGGACUGUCAUUUGUCCUUUUUAUGAAUGAAUACAAAUUAUAAAGAAAUAAAU